CACCGGCGUUGUAAACAGUGUAAAGCAGGGGACUGGAGGUGUGUAUAAAUAUCAGCGUGUCGCUCGUGCUGUCUUAUGAACUCAUGCCGCGCAUCAGCUGCUUGUAGUCCGCACUGUUUCCGUGGAGCUGACGGCAAUCUGCUCGCGCUACAGGUGAGGUGCCUUUAAACUCUGGACCAAACCAACAGUGCUGAAAAUGAAGAUCUGUGUUGCUUUUAUUGUAGUAGCUGUUCUUCACAUCACUCAGGCUGUUUGUCCAGAUAGGUUGCCUGGUCUACAACCCUGGACUCCUGGACACAAUGAAGCCCACAGAGUCACCAUCGGUUACGGCCGCAAAGUCGUGCUCACCUCAUCCGCGACCGUCCAUUCCAUCGAGAUCCUCAACGGAGGGAAGCUUGUGAUCGCUGAUUCCAGUCGACCCAUUUUUCUGCGGGCUAAGCACAUCCUCAUCGGGAACAAGGGUGAACUUCACAUUGGCAGUCCAGAAUGUCCUUACAAAGGCAACCUCACCAUCUCUCUCUUUGGCAGGUCUGAUGACAGCGAGGUCGAACACAGUUAUUUUGGCCGCAAGUACAUUGGCGUAGGAACUGGAGGAACCUUGGAGAUUCAUGGUCAAAAGAAGCUGUCAUGGACUUUCCUGAACAAAACCCUCCAUCCUGGGCAGGGUAAUGAGAACAGUUACCGUUUCGAAAGGAGCUGGGGCAAGAGAGGCAUCAUCACUCACGUAAUCAACCCCAAGACCGGAGAUGUGCUGCACACUGAUAGGUUUGACACAUAUAGGAGCAAGGACGAGAGCAGACGACUGGCCCAGUAUGUAGACAAGGUGGAAACUGGGCAGAUCUUGGCCAUGGUGGUUAAUGAUGAGGGAUCCAACAACCUGGAGGAUCUGGCUAAAAAGGCUCUCACUAAGCUGGGUAGCCAACACUUCCAUCGACUCGGAUUCCGGCAUCCGUGGAGUUUUAUUACAAUCAAAGGGGACGCGUCCUCAGCGGUCGAGGAUCAUGCCGUCUAUCAGGGAACCAAGGCUUCUUCUGAGGCCAGGAGCUCUCGGGUGUUUCACUCAGGUUACGGGGAGCACUUCACCAUCACCACCAUCAGUCAGUGGGUUCAAGAGGCUGAAUGGACUGAAUGGUUUGACCGCGAUGACGAGAGGGGGUCAGGUGACUGGGAGAAACUGACCGACCUUCACAAAGCUUUUCCAGAGCGUCUGUGUAGUAACCCUCUUGAUAUUGAGGCUGAAUCUCUUGACGGCAUCCCUGCCAACAUGACAGGAGAAGUCUUCUCCAAGUUUGACAGAAAGUAUGGCUUUGUGUGCCUCAACAAAGAGCAGGUGGAUGGGAUUUGCCACAACUACCGCGUGCGUUUCCUGUGCGGCAAGCUCGUGCGUCCACAGGCCUCCAUCUCCAUAGACACUUUGUCUAACUGCAGUAUUCUGGAGCUUGCGGAUGAACCACAGGGUUGGACAUUCGGUGACAGGAUCGUGGUGGCCAGCACAGACUACUCAAUGCACCAGGCUGAGGAGUUCAGCAUCUUGCCUUGUCCUACAUGCACGAGGAACCAGAUCAAGGUGGAAGGUAAACCAGCGUACCUUCACAUAGGAGAGGAGGUGGACGGUGUGGACAUGCGGGCAGAGGUCGGACUGCUGACUCGCAACAUUUUGAUCAGAGGCGAGAUGGAGCCGACCUGUUACGGCAACGAUGCCUGCAAGUUCUUCUCCUUCGACACGUUUGGUGGACAUCUUAAGAUGGAGCGAGGUUUCCGAUCGGUGCAUAUGGAAGGGGUAGAGUUAAAGCACAUGGGGCAGCAGUCUCUGGGUCACUACCCUAUCCACUUCCAUAUGAACGGGGACGUGGAUGAGAAGGGAGGCUACAACCCGCCAACUUACGUGAAAGACCUGUCCAUUCAUCACACCUUCUCCCGAUGCGUCACCAUCCACGCCACCAACGGGCUGCUGGUGAAGGAUAUUGUCGGCUAUGAUGCUUUGGGACAUUGUUUCUUCACUGAGGACGGACCGGAGGAGAGGAACACGUUCGACCAUUGUCUGGGUCUGCUGGUGAAGGCGAGCACACUUCUGCCCUCUGACAGAGAUAGCAAGAUGUGCCGUGACAUAACCAACGGAGCUUAUCCUGGAUACGUGGCCAAACCGCGCCAGGACUGCAGCGCCACCUCCACCUUCUGGAUGGCUAACCCCAAUAACAAUCUCAUCAACUGUGCCGCGGCCGGAUCCGAGGAAACAGGAUUCUGGUUCAUUUUCCACCACGUCCCCACCGGUCCAUCGGAGGGCAUGUACUCCCCCGGCAAGUCCGAACAUACACCCAUGGGGCUGUUCAUUAAUAACAGAGCUCAUUCCAAUUACAGGGCGGGGAUGAUCCUCGAUCAUGGAGUAAAGACGACCGAGGCUAAUGCGAAGGACAAGAGACCCUAUCUCUCCCUCGUAGGAGCGAGGUACGGCCCACACCAGGAUGCUGACCCCUUCAAACCAAGAGUUCCUGCUCUAGUCCACCAUUUUGUGGCCUACAAGAACCAGGACCAUGGUGCAUGGCUGAGAGGAGGAGACGUUUGGCUGGACGAUUGCCAGUUCGCUGAUAAUGGAAUCGGCCUGACUCUCGCCAGUGGAGGAACCUUCCCGGAUGACGACGGCUCCCGUCAGGAGGUGAAGAACUCUCUGUUUGUGGGAGAGAGCGGGAACAGAGGGAUGCCUGACUUGAAUGAUCAAUCCUGGGGUCCGGGCGGCCCAGAUCAUCUCAACAGGUCUCUGCCCAGAGGAGUGGACUUCCCCAUUCGUGGAAUGCAAAUCGAACGAGACAAAAUCAACAUCCAGAACUGCACCUUCCCGCAAUUCAUUGCUCUCGAAGGGACGACAGACGGACGACACACCAGCGCUUUUGGCUUCCGCCUGAACAACUCGUGGCAGAGCUGCCCGAACAACAACGUCACCGACAUCACCUUCGAUGACGUGCCAGUAAGCGAGCGUGUUCUUUUUGUUUAAGGUGGACCGUGGUUGAGCAUGGUUUAGGUGGAUGGUGACAAGACAACCAUUUUCCACGACAUCGACGGCUCGGUGAGCGAAUACCCGGGCGCUUUCCUGAUCAAAGAGGACAACUGGCUCCUGAGACACCCUGACUGCAUUGACAUCCCCGACUGGAGAGCUGCCAUCUGCAGCGGGCACUACGCCCAGAUUUACGUCCAGACCCGAACCCCAGCCAACCUUAACAUGAAGAUGGUGAAGGAUGAGUAUCCAGACAAGCCUCUGGAGCUGGUUGGUGCUCUGGGAAAGAGAAAUCACUACCAGCAAUUCCAGCCUGUGGUCAUGCUGAGUAAAGGAUACACCAUGCACUGGGACCAAGCAGCUCCUGCCGAGGUCACAAUCUGGCUCAUCAACUUCAACAGAAAUGACUGGAUAAACGUGGGCGUCUGCUACCCAAAAGGCACAGUGUUCACCAUAAUCUCUGACAUCCACAACCGCCUCACCAAAGAGACGAGGAAGACCGGGGUGUUCAUGAGGACCACUCAGAGAGAGAAGAUGGGCCACUCUCACCAGACGAGAGGAUAUUACUACUGGGAGGAGGACACUGGUAUAUAUUUAUUUAUGUGUGUCGACUUUUUUGAGGAGAAGGAAGACUUUGCGUUCUGCUCGGUGAAGGGUUGUGAAGCGUUAAUUCCCCCCGGCAGCGGGGCCCCAGUGCCCGCACUGCAUGGCUGAGAGCUAAACCCCAAACACACCGAGAUGCCCGUCGUAGAUGUGCCUAUGCCCAAAAAACUGCCUCGCUCCAAACUGCCUCACACGCCGGAGCACUUCCUUGAAGUCAAACUAGAGUCCUAUAACACACGCUUCUUCCACAUCAAAGAGGACUUCGCCUACACUGAGGUGAAUGGCAAGAAGAUCUAUCAAUUGGAGGACGGCAUUCAUUUGACUGUGAUUGAUGGCCACAGCGGUAAAAUCCUGGAGUCUAAAGGCUUCAGGAACUCCAUACUGAUGGGAAUUCCAGCUCAGCUAGAAAACUACAUCACAAACCUCAAAGACGAGUCGGUGGUUUUGGUCACGUCUAAAGGGAAACUGGUGACCAGAGGGCCAUGGACCAAAAUUCUCCAAACCCUCGGAGCAGAUCAGACGGUGAAGUUGAAAGAUAAACUUGCCUUUGUGGGCUUCAAAGGCUCCUUCCGGCCGGACUGGGUGAAGAUGAGUGUUGAUGAAGAUCGGGCCAAACUCCACCAAGUGCUGCCCAUCCCUGUGAUUAAGCUGAUGAAGCUGUUGAGGCGAGUGUGA